AUGAGCAACAUUUCUGGCCCCGGCCAGGGGCAGUUCAUGUCAGUGACAGAACUGGGGGUGACCUCCGCCGUCACCACGGUGCUGUGUGUGUUGUGCUUGUGGGUGAAUGGUCUCCUGCUGUGGACGCUGCGCUCCAAGGCCAUGUUCAGGGAGACGCCUCGCUACAGCCUCUUGUCCUGUCUGCUGCUGGCCGACACGCUGCACCUGAGCCUGAGCCAGCUGCUUUACCUAUUCGCUGCUUCACACACUAUGCUGCUGUUCCCCUUGUGCGCCUUCAUCACGCUCUUAGUCGAAGUGGCCAACGAGGUGUCCCCGCUCACUGUGAUGCUCAUGUCUCUGGAGCGAUAUGUGGCCGUGUGCCUUCCUCUGCGUCAUGGCGCUCUGUUGGGCGGGCGGCGGGCGACUGUGGCCGUUCUGUUGCUGUGGGCUCUGUCCAUGCUGAACUCAAUGGUGCGCGUGGGGCUCCUGAUGCAGUUCCCUUUUCACACACUGGACACUCUAAUGCUGAGCGACUACUGCAGCAGCGAGGCCAUCAAGAUAGCUCCUCUAUCAGCCAUCUACGACGAAGGAUACAUCUACUUUGUGUUUGUCUUUUCCACGUUGGUCAUCUUGUGGUCGUACGUGAUGGUGAUGACGGCGGCACAUCGAUGUGCGUCAGAGCAGAGUGUGAAGGCUCGGAACACCAUGAUGCUCCACAUGCUGCAGCUGGUCUUCUGCAUGUGCGCCACUAUCUACAUGCCCAUGAUCAUGGCCAUAGCGCGCAGCAGGACACUUAAGCGGCUCACUUUUGUGCGAGUCCAGAACACCCUUUACGUGCUCAUCAUGAUACUUCCCCGCUGCUUGAGUGUGCUCAUCUACGGCAUCAAGGACCAGACCAUCAGGGCUACACUGCUCACUAUACUCUGCAGAAAACACAAAACACAGCCGAGAGAGUAG